CUUGUCUACACUUCUCAUGUGUCUCAAUGACUAAUCCAUAGAUACCGAAUAAAUCCGCACUCAAGAAAGGCCUGAUACGUCCGUCACCAAGUUAAGAUUUACCAACUGAAGUGAUACAUUCGUCGAACAAAGAUAUCACGGGAUAAGGAAGAGGAGGAAUGACGCAAAUUUGCAUCCAUCGUUUUUUUCGCCGAAGAACCAUCCCCUUCGGUACGCGAUAUCCCCACAGAAGUUAGUGUCGGGAUCGGUACAGGAUACAGAUAAGAGAUGGAGGAGUCUUCGACGUGGUAUUGUUUGAAAAAAUCGUUUAUCGGAAUCGAUCUGCUCGGAAAGGAUUGCUUUCGCAGAAUAAAAAAGUUGGCAGAAUAGAAAGGAAAAGUCGUGGGAAGAAAAAAGCAAUAACAAACUACAGGUUGUGUAGCUAGCUGAUGAAAGGAUACUUAGAGAUUGUAAAGUGACAAAACUCUUCACAGCGAAGAAGUGAACUACAUCGCUUUCCAACCGAAACAAAUCUGCAAGAAGUAUGAUCUAGUACCACAUCAGCAAAAAAAAUGGGUCUCUUAGCAGCACUCGAAUUGUUGGAGGAUCACAGCUCACACGUCGAGCCCGACCACUUUCACGAGCCGGAGCACCUCCACGAGCCCGAGCAUUUUCAUCAUGAGCAUCAUCAUGGUAUAUUUAUUCAAGACUUUUUGUGUUUUUUUUCCUUCUUGGCUAUUUUUGCUGUUCUGAGCAUCAGACAACAGGAAUAGCAGAGCUCAGAUUCAACAUGAAGAAGAUGAGUUGGCGAUAGUUUGUCAUGCUUGUGACCCAAUAUUCUUGACCUUCAUGUUGAUUCUAUUCAAUAUUCAUCACCUCAACAGGUUCCUCACCAUCAAGUGCCUCGUCCGGUAGCAGCCACACGCACGCCUUCAUCUCCGUGUCACAUCCCAGGAGUCCCUCAACGUCAUUCUUCGUUGUCGGUCGCGGACCUGCAUCAUCUUCUACCGCCUCGUGGUGGAUAAGGUUGACUCAUCCGCAUCCUACAACAGCGUCUCAAGAACAAGAAUUGUCGAAACAAGAUGUGAAUGAUAGUCCUCUCUCUUCGUCGACCAUCACUGCCUUCGUGACACAGGAACAAAAAGGUGGAACCAUGAUUGUUCCAACAACGGAACCUACUAGAGAUGUGCCAGCAGCUGAAGCGACGAUGACGGACAUCAUCAGGAGUCCAUCCGCAUCGCAAUUGCUCGAUGAGCUGUUACCAUUUCCUCUCUACCGUCAACCCUCGGUGGGUGGGUCAAUAGGACUGCAGCUAGAGAACAUGUUUCCUUCUGCGAGGAGGUUGCUGGCAUCUGGUCACGACGGCAAAAAUCUGCUUUCCAACAUACUCCAUCAACUAUUCGGGGACCCAGGGCCAGGAGGCACAGAAGACCUCCAUGCACAACCUGUUCUUGCAUCUGCUGCAACAACAAGACGUAGUGAUUAUAGUGUGAGUAGUCAUGGUCGUGGGCAAGAGAAUAGUUUAGCACUAGUUGUUCCUAGAAGUAGCAAUGAGGAAGAAGUUCUCACGACGAGUCAAGAACAGCACCAGGGAGAACUCUUUUUCGCUGGCGCAUUAAGUGAGAGCGAGCUUGCGGCACAUGCCAUGCAAUUAAGAGUCGCACGAUCAAUUGCUGGCACCACACUGGCUGGUGCGGCUGCUUUAUUUACGAGUCUGUGCUACAAACUGUCUAACCGGAGCAACGGGGGAUCGUCGAAGAGGAGAAAAGGUGGCACAAUACAAACAACAGAUUCAGAAGAUGGUGGGCCCCUUAACGAAGAAGUACUAGAGGACGCCGAAAUUUUGUUUUGAUCAUAGAAAUAGCUAGGUAGAGGAAGCUAGAGUGUAUAGAUUAUGAUUAAUCGACUCAAGAAGAUCAAGUGAAUCAUAGAACUGAACGAUAUAUAAUACCGUGAUAUUCCGCUUUCUGGUUUUCGUGUUUCUAAGAAGAUACAACCAAAUCAAUGAUUCCUUUUUUGCAGUAAGUUGUACAACGAUGUUCUUGGUGCGUGUUUUUUGAGCUAUUUUUCCUGUUCUGAUAUAUGAUUCCUUAAGAAAGAAUCUACAACAAGAACGGUUAUAUAUCCAUCGGGAGUAUUUGAAGAAACAAUGUGAAUGUUGGGUACAAGACGCCUCGCGCAGGACUGAAAGACGGGUUUACUCUGGACUUUGGAACGAUACUACAGCAAAACAAAUUACUGAAAGACCAAGUCAAAAAGAUACAGACGGGUCCAAUUUUUUGCAUCACUAACACGUGGUUGGUGUUGUACGAGCACGUUUUCGGAAGUGAAUCGAGAUGAAGUACCAGUAAUUAGGGUAUUUUACUAUACAGAAGCUGCAUCGACGCAACUAUUGCAGAGUUAGAGGUGUUCUUUGUGUACUACGCACAGGAGAUGAUAUCACUAAGAAGAGGUGGCUUUCUACCAAAUCAACAAAAAAAUGGUCGUUUCAUCCGGCAAACGAGGAUUUCGGAAAUGCGAACUUCACUGUCGUAGCAGAACUUUUAGGCUUGUUCUUCUAGCUGCAGUCGAAGCAUGGAGUCGAAGGGCAGCAUUCAUAUCAGAGGAAGCUCUUGAAGAGGCCG